CUGAUUAUCCAGUACAUGUCUUAUUGCAAUAUUUAUUCAGCUUGUCUUCUGUCUGUCCUCUCUGUGUAUUUUGUUGCUGGACUUUCAGUGCAAAACUGUAAAUCCAAAAGACUAUAAACUUGUUAUUUAGGUACAGGAUAUAAUAUAUGAUGUAUCAUGUUUAACUGAAAUUUAUGUGGACUUAAAGUUAAGUGGCGUGGACGCAUUCAGGCUUUAAUUUGGAGGAAGAGCAUAAAAAAAUGGACCACCUGUACAACACAUCAUCUUUGUUAGUGCUAAAUCGCUUUAACCUACCCCCUGAAACUGUUUUUCCUGCAUUUCUUUUCGCAACUCUCAGCUACAUGAUCAUACUUUUCUGCAACUCUAUUCUAAUCCUCACUAUUGUACUGAACAAAUCUCUGCAUCAGCCCAUGUAUUUAAUUCUGCUGAACCUUCCUAUCAAUGACCUUAUAGGCGGCUCAGCACUCUUCCUUCAGGUCAUUCAUGAAAUACUGACAAACAGCAGGACAAUUCAGCACUCAGCCUGUGUUACCCAGGCUUUUUUUAUCCACAUCUAUGCAGCAGGUUCAGUGUUCAUUCUGACUGCUAUGGCAUAUGAUAGAUACAUUGCCAUCUGUUGUCCUUUGAAAUACAACACGAUUAUGACUAAUGCUCACAUCAUGAAAAUAAUAACAGUUGUGUGGAUGAGUAGUUUUGUUAUAAUAGCUGUGCUUUUUGUUCUGCUGUUGCGUUUACCCCGCUGUCGAUCUGAAUUGACGCAUCCCUACUGUGAUAAUCCAACUUUGCUGUCUCUGGUCUGUGCUGGUGUUGACACAAGCAUCAAUAACAUUUAUGGGCUUUUUUUAGUUGCUCUUACACAAGUGAUAGCCAAUGGGACGAUUUUGUAUACAUAUCUCCAGAUCCUUGUUACAUGCUUCAGUUCAAAACGAUCAGACACAAAAGCCAAAGCUCUGCAGACAUGUGCUACACAUCUGAUAGUUUUUCUCCUGUUGGAGUGUCUGGGACUUUUCACCAUCAUAUCAUACCGAAUAAAGAACCUUUCACCUAAUUUAAGGAAAUUCAUAGGGAUGACAACAUUAGUUUUCCCCCCAACAUUGAAUCCAAUCAUCUACGGACUGAAAACAAAAGAAAUACGAGAAAAAGUAGUAUACUUCUUUAAGAAUAAAAUCUUUCCAUCUUAAUUCAGUGUCAGUGCCUUUAUGCAGCAAGCAAAAACUUGAUUUGCUUCUCUCACAGGCAGUGUUUUAUUUGUCUUGCUACCUUAUAAAUACAUUCUUUGUUAGUGAGACCACAUACUUUGGCUUUAUGUUCAUGAUCAUACAAUUUUCAAAUAAUGCAUAUGAAAAAAAUGCAGUAUGUGUAACAGUAAUUAACAUUUCACUAAUCAUUUUUGUACAAAUUUCAAAUUAAUAAUAAUUUUUAACCCAUUCUGAGCACAUAAUCUAUUAAUGUUUUAUUACUGCAAAAUGACCUCUAUAAUGCUCUAUAAUAAUAUUUCUCCAACAGUUAAUAAACCACCAGUGUUUGUCAGUUAUGUGCUUUUAGGACUUGUAUUUAGAGUUCAUCUACUGUUGCUUCAAAAAUAAAGUGUUUAGCUAAUUAAAUGAUGUGUGUUUACACAAUUCCUAUAUGUUGACAAGAAUAAGUUAACAGUACAACUACACAUCAUGACUGUUUGGCAGCUGAUAUACAGUUAAUAAUAUAAUUGCAUUCUUUUGCACAUGCAAAAUAGUUUAACUUAACCUAAUAGGUUAACAGUUAAGUUUGCUGUCAGCAUGUUGAUGUAUGUUAUUGUCACAAGGUUGUUUUACUGUCAAGGCAUGAAAUAAGAAGUCUGUGAGGCACGGAGUCAUCUGAAAUAAAUAAGACAUGAGAAUACUUCUUACAACCUGAAUUUUUUCUUGAGAUAGUAGUUGUUUAAUGGUGACCAAGAUGAGAUCAAAGUUUACAUAAUCUAAGUGUACUGUUUGUAGUAAUACUGUUUGUAUGAAAAAUAAAGGAAAUUCUAAACUUA